AGAGCACAGCAACAUGAUCAUAACGUCAAACGGACAAUGAUGGAUUCUUACUUCAGAGGCACCUGGUGGAUGACACUCCUCCUCUUCACACUGCCAUAUCUCACCUGUAACAUGGUCUGCCCCAGCGGCUGCCAGUGUGUUAAAGGUGCUGUCAAGUGUGUUGGCUACACCAUCAAAGAUAUACCAAAGCAUCUGCCUGUCCACACAUACCUGCUUCUACUUAAUGACACAAACAUGAACGUCAUAAAUGAGCAGAGCUUGGCAAACAAGGAUCUCCUGUUACGUUUCAGUCUGACUUACAGUCAUCUACGCACUAUCCAUCCCAGGGCUUUCCACGUUGCACCACAGCUCAAGUCUGUCAAGCUGUCAUAUAAUGAUCUCUCCACCCUUCCUGUUCGGGUUUUCAGUCCACUGACCGAUCUGGAACAGUUGCAUUUAGAUGGUAACCAGUUGGAGAUCAUAGCUCAGGAUAUGUUUGAAGGACUUGUCCGGUUGCUGGAUCUGGACUUGAGCCGGAACAAACUUAGUAAUCUCUCUUCAGAUGUUUUCGAUGGACUGACCAAACUCAACUUUCUGAACCUUGGCAGGAACUUCAUAAAAAAGCUUCCACCAACCAUCUUUCAUUCCUUGACUAAACUUCGCCAGCUCCCGAUCUAUAACAACGAGCUAGAGGUGCUAGAACCUGGGAUCUUUGAUGGACUUAUCAACCUUGAGGAGCUUAAACUUCACCAUAACCAGAUUUCCAGUCUUCCACCUCAGGUGUUUUGGUCACUGAGGAGCCUGACGAUGCUCACCCUGUCGUCCAACCAACUUAAGGCAAUCCCGGAAAAGAGCUUCUACAACAUGCCCAAGCUGACAAAACUUACCAUUUACAACAACCCAUUAUUAUUGCUACCAGACCAGCUAAUGGGUUACAUGCCAGACAUGAGAGAAUUUUAUCUGUAUGCCACUAACCUCACCACUGUUCCUGGAAAUUUGUUUGCUAACAUGUCUGGACUCCUGAGUCUUAACCUCCAUUUAAAUCAAUUUCUAUAUGAGUUGCCUUCAGACCUCUUCUGCUGCCUUCCCAAAGUUCACAAGCUCUCAUUGAAAUUCAACAACCUCCUUUAUCUACAUCCUCAGUUGUUCUCCAAACUAACUGCACUGGAAAAACUGCAUCUUAAUGACAAUAAGCUGCAGAGACUACCAGAAAACAUUUUUCAGGGCCUCGGAGAUAUUUUGACAAUUGAUUUGAAGAAUAACCACCUCAAGACUCUCCCAGGAGAUAUUUUUCUGUCAAAUACGGGUUUGAGAGCUCUUACUCUGAGUGGCAACCCCUGGGACUGUACCUGUGGUAUCAGAGGUAUUGCGAAAUGGAUAAGGCAUAAUGAGCAUGUGGUUCUUGACAGAGAUGAAGUGCUAUGUCAUAGUCCAUUGUACCAACUGCUCCGUACCAUUGGAUCUCUGUCUGAUGAGGAGUUCAAAUUUUGCAAUGCUACAAGAUACAAAAGUUCUUUUACUACACAGAAUUACUUGCAUGAGCCAACAAAGCCAUUCUACACCAUUUCGACCAGCGGAAAAACAUCAACUGUUGCUUCAACAACCACACCAGCUACAACAAAAUCAGACACCACUCAACGAGUUACCGAACAAAUCACCACCUCAACAACCACUCCAACGACAAAAUCACCUGUUUUACAUACCACAGUCUUAUCAACACCUCUGCAAACUCCGACCACUAGCCCGCCCUACAACGACUUUUUUCUCCUUACUGAGACUCCAUCGACCUAUUACUUAUCAGUUCCUUUCUAUGACACAUUGGUAGUAGAACAGGGAUCCGAGUAUGUUCACCACAACCUUCACAAGGGCUGGGUCUAUGUGUGGUUUCUGCCCUCAGAUACGGCCUUGACCGGGUUCCUCAUGUUCUGUCACAUCCUUCUUGUGGCCACAGGCUUGUUCUUCAUUCUUGCUGCCAUUUAUGGCAUGUAUAGCCUCAACAAGAUCAUGGAUGAGCUAAAGGCUGAGGCUGCACAUACUCCAGGGGAAACAAUGGAUCUUUCCCUGACCCUUCAUGUGCUUCUACUUCUCUGUUCCCUUAAUGCUGUCAUUUGGGCGUGUCCGGAUGGAUGCAAAUGUCAAGGACUAUCAAUGCUCUGCAGUGGCCUCUCAGACUUCCCCACAACUGUGACCCCAUCAACCACAAGCAUCUACUUCUCCAAUUGCAGUUUCUACUCUCUAAAACCAGAGGACUUGACUGAUUUCUCUAAUACCCUUAACAUAUUUUUGAUUAAAGACACUGUUCUGAGGGAAGUGCUCCUUGGCACAUUUGAUUCCACUCCAAACAUGGGUGCCUUAGGGUUCACUGGCACCGAACUACAAGAUCUCCCUGAGUCCUUGUUCCAAAAUCUUCCGGCCCUUAAGUCUCUAAAUCUGAAGAGCAACAAACUCCUGGUCCUCCGUCCUAACUGGUUUUCUGUGCUGAGAGAUCUGAAACUCCUUGACCUCAGUAAGAACCUUUUUACUUCUGUACCUGUGGAAACAUUUCACCCUCUUGCUGAGCUGCAGGUCCUUUAUCUCUCUGGAAACAAUAUCAGUCAACUAUCUAAAGAAACAUUCAAGGGUCUUUCUCAGCUGAAAACCUUACGGCUUAACAAAAACUCACUACACCAACUCCCUCCUGGCAGUUUGGAUGACCUUGGAAACCUGGAGGAACUUUCCCUACAUGACAAUCUAAUCACUCAUCUCCCCCAUGAUCUGUUCUCCAAGACUUUGAAACUCCAGAAGCUAUUCCUCUCACACAACAGGCUCACAUCUCUUCCACAGGGGAUCUUCUUAAACCUACCCUUACUUUCACAGAUCUCCCUGUAUGAAAACCAGCUGGAAACUCUGGCACCAGGGGUGUUUGGGCCUCUUGCCCUGCAGGAGUUGUGGCUAUAUGACAACAAGCUAAACCGUGUGGAAGAUGACACAUUCAAGAACCUGACUCAGUUGCGUCUCCUGGUGCUCAGUCGCAACCAAAUUAGCUUUGUAUCCACCAGGGCCUUUACAGGACUGGAGCAACUUGGAGAGGUAUCACUUCACACGAAUAGGCUCACAACCCUGCAAGCUGGGACUUUCCAAGGUCUGCCCAAUCUGGUCAACAUUUCCUUGGAGAACAAUUUCAUCAGCUCCCUCCCUUCAGGUUUUCUCCAGGGCGUGAGCCACCUUGGACAGAUUGACCUGCGAAAUAACUCCCUUCCCAACCUGCCACAGAAGAGUCUUGAUGACCUCACUGUAGCUACUGAAGUACUCCUGCAGCAGAACCCCUGGAAGUGUGACAAGGAUAUUCUGCCACUUAGGGACUGGCUGACAAAGCAUCCAACCAAGGCCAACCAAACACUUGUGGUCUGUGAAACACCUUUCAGUCUGAAUGGUGAAGCAAUUGCUCUGCUGACAGAUGAGAACUUGAUGCCUCUCAGCUCCACUGAGGAGCCUGUGUUGACCUCAACAGAGAAGAGGAGAAAACCCCAUACCCCUCCAACCAGACGUAGCACUCCCUCACCUGCUGUCAAGACCACCCCCACCACAAAGCAUGAGGAGGUCACCAGUGGUGGACAAGGGGAGAAGGAAACGGUUUCCAAUAACACUUCAAUCAUCCUCAUCAUCAUCGCAGUAGUGUCCACUGCCAUCAUCAGCACUGUCAUCAUUGGCUGUGUGUGCUGGAGGAGAAACAAGAGAGGCAGGGGAAACAUACGCAGCAGAAACAAGAACUCUGUGCUGUAGACUCGACUACCCAACAUCCCAGCAACCCAAGAACUUUAAAGCCAAGUGAAACUGCUCACUAAAUACUGUGGUUUAUUUGGAAAAUGUGGAGCCUAGAGUUGAUUUUAGAGCCUCAAAGGCAACAGAAAUAACCACUCCAGCUCCAUUCAGAUGUACCGGCUAGAACAAGUAAACUUUUGAAAUCAUUAGCUUUCAAAUUCAAUGAUAAAAUUUAGACAGUAUUCAUUUCCUAUGUACUGUAAAAACAGACAUCAUAUGUAUUAACUGUAAAAACACCCACCUUGCCAUUUUGUGGAGAACCGGGACAUUUUUGUGAAUGUAACCUCAGAUACACUGAAAUAGUGUUUCACAGUUUUCUAGUAAAGUUAAGAGUGCAUUCAGUAUUUUCUGCAAAUUAUUUUCCAUUUUUCAGUUCAAUAAUUGCAGUUUGACAAUGGCUUUUUGUGCUAACAUCAAUACAUUUAGGAGAUGGCAUGAAAACACAGCAUUGUGACUCCACUGUAACACAGUUCAUCCUAUGGUUUCCACAUUUACAACUCAAAAUGCUACUACUCAUUCAAUAAAGGCACUACUUUUA